AUGUCUACAUACGUUAUUUCAGGCGUUGCCCGCGGCAUUGGUUUCGAGUUCGUACGCCAGCUGUCUGCUAAUCCAGCCAACACCGUAUUCGGGCUCGUUCGCGACAAAGGAGCAGCAGACAAGAAAUAUCAAGCUGAGGGGCUCAGCCGCAAGAAUAUUCACAUCUUGCAGGCGGAUGUCACCGACUACGAUGCUCUGAAGGCAACAUCCGAGUACGUUUCCGGCGUCACCGGGGGAAAAUUGGAUUACAUUAUCGCAAACCACGGUGCAGUAUCCGACUUAUCUGCUUUCGAUAAUUUAAGCAACCUUGCCAAAGAUCCGGUUAGCUUAGAGCAAGACUUGAUGGAAAGUAUCAAGAUCAACGUUCUGGGCACGAUCAGCAUGUUUAAUCUGUUCAUGCCCCUUGUGUUGAAAGGGAAUGGGAAGAAAGCGAUAGCAAUCAGCACAGGCAUGGCUGAUGUUGAUCUUGUUGCCAAGUACGACGUGCAAGUCAGCCCAACCUACGCCAUCAGCAAAGCAGCGCUCAACAUGGCCGUGGCAAAACUCAGUGCGGUGUUACGGGAACAGGGAAUCCUCCUCAUGACUAUUUCUCCAGGCUUCGUUGACACCGGGAACUACAACCGCUCACUGACACCAGAGCAGCAGAAAAGCGUGGAGGGAAUGGUGAAAGGCUUCGCAAGAUAUGCACCUCACUUCAAAGGCGCAAUCACUCCUGAAGAGUCCGUCCGCUUAACGUUGUCUGUACUCGAGAGGUCUAGCAUCGAGGCCGGAGAUGCAGGCUCUUGGGUCUCUCACUAUGGAAACAAGCAAUGGCUCUGA